AUGCUCCCGAACACGGCCCGCGCCCGCUCCCGCACGUCCAUCUCCUCCCAUCGGAGCGCCUUCGGCGGGGCCGCACCAGCCGCAAACGCGGCGCCAACGCACGCAUCCGCAAGGGCGACGGGCGAACGUCGGCGCCGACCGCGGCGUGCGACGUCUGGCCAGCUGUCGUCCUCCAGGAAAGACGGCUCCACGCCCGCGGCGGCCUCCACGGGCACGGGCCGACGCCCCAGCGCCAAGCCCCGUCCAGCAGCAGCCCCGCGGCCCGCUCCAGCGCAGUGGGCCCGCUGCUCCAGCAGCGGGGGGGCGCUUGGCACGCCGCGCAGCACCACUGUCAGCAGCAGGCGGACCAGCGCGCCCCGCAGCGCGCGCUUCUGCCACACGGCGGCGCCAGCGCCGGCGGCGCUCCACCUUCGCUGCCGACGUCGCCGUCGGCAUCCUCACAUACGCUUCCUCGUCGACCACCUCGUCAGCCGUCGGCACGCGCGGCACAGCCAGCGCAGCCGAAGCUGCGGCUGCCACGAGGCGCACGAUCGUCCAGGGCAGCGAAAACGGCAGCCGCAACGAGGGCGGCGCCGUCGCACGUCGGGAGGUCUUCUCUAG